CCAAACUGGAAGCUGGCUCCAGGUGACCCGGGUCACAUGACCUGGACCUGAGUCCGUCGGUGCAUCUUUGUGCUCAUCAUGGCAGCUGCAGCUGCUUCAUGUGAUGUAUGGUUACGUGUCCAGUGGUGACGUCUGGCUGGAAACUUCGCUGAACCCUAAUGAGCACCUCAGAACCAAUCACAGACCUCCGUUCACAGCAUGGAGUUUUGUUUGCUUUUAAAUAAAACUCGGAGCUGCUGCAGGUGAGUCGCUCUGAUCGAACACUCGAAAGGAAACGACGUCAUCGGAGGCCAAUUCUGACCAAUCAUGUCAGAGUCGCUCAGUGGAGGAGCUGUGUGUGCGUGUGUGUGCGUGCGGUUCAUCCACAGCAGCAAUCCCAGCGACAGCUCAGGCAUCAUGUUCUCUGUCAUACGUGUGCUGUUCCUGCCUGUAUGUAUAUGAGCCGGCCAUCAUCACCAGUUCUUUGAUAGAAUGUAAUAAAAAUCACUCAGAACUCAGACGUGUGGAAAAAUGGUGUGUGUGUUGGAUGUAGAUGCUGAUGUUCCUUCUGUGGUCGGGAUUAGAAGCUGCACCGCUUCCGUCCAUCCAACAGUUACCAGUUUGGGACUCACAGUAACGUUUGCUCCCAGCAGCACAGCAAAGCCGAUCCUCAGGUUUGUGAGACAGAAGGAAAGAAAAGCAAAGACGCUGUGUCUCAUUUAUCGAGAGCAUCCGCCACAGGACCGCACACGUCUUUGAAACACUACAAACAUCCCAGUUUAUUGAAGCAGCAUCUGAUCCACGAGGUUAGCAUCAUAUUUGAGCAGAAGUUCAGUCAAAGUAAAGCCGACAGCCGCUCCUCAGGUCAUGGUCUCCUCCUCUAGGUGGCGCUGGAAAUUGUGUUCAGUAUCACUAAGUGAUUAAAGUGGGCCAGGCGACCUCGGUCCAGCUCCCUGAUCCUCUGUUCAGUUUGCUGAUGGUUUUACACACACGAGCUCCACCAUGAGGGCAGCUCAUUGUUUAUACAGGCAGGUCCACAGGUAUUUGGACGCAGACGGUUUUCUAAUGUUGGACCUGAAACUGAAUCUUCCAGGAAACAGAUGCAGGUGAAGUGCAGACGUUCAGCUUUGACUCAGUGAGUUAAACACAGACUGCAGAAAACUGUGAGGAGCUACAGACUUCCUAACACAACGCCGUCAUUUCAGGGCUCUAAGGUAAAUGAAGAUAAGUGAAAAUAAAACGUUCAUUUUAACACUUGGUUGCAAACCCUCUCCCGACACUGACAGCUCAUGGACGUCACCACGUGCUGCUUUGCUCUUUAAUGCGCUGCCACCUUUACUGCAGUGGCUCAAAGCUGCUGUUUGUUUGUGGACAUUUCUGUCUUCAACCAGUGAAAUGCUCGGUGGCUUCGUCGGUCUCUCCUGCACCGACAAAAACCAUCUGCUUCAUUAAGAUGAAAUAAAGUUGUUUAGUCAACGAUAAUCUUUGUUGUAUAACUGCACAACUUUCAUACCAACAUGAUUUGUGUGUUUGUCACCUCAUGUUAAAAUAACACCAAGUGUUUGUUUACAUUUACACCUGUUAUAUUGACUUUAUGUUAAACUGAUAUCACGAUUUUAUCAGAAGAAUUAUUUAUUCUGUCAAGCUGCUGUUUAACAUGUUUGCAGUGAAUGGAUUUUCUACAUGCUCUAAGAAACACCUUAAAAACAGUAAGACAAUAAACACAAACACUUCUUUAACCAGUUAUCUGUGUGUCCAGCUGCACUUGAACUUAGUGUCUAAUAAACUGAAAAACAGCAGCAGGUGUCCCAGAGUUUACCAAAGGACAGCCCGGUGUCCUCUGGUUGGUCACUGUCGUGCCCUCAGUGGAUCCUUGGGUGUGAAACGAGUGUUUCUGCAUCAAAGCCAAGCUGAGGAACAUUAGGCUGUGUCAGAGUCGUGACACGUCCACAGGACUCCAUCCACUGAAGAGGAGUUCAGCAGUUUCCAAGCAUCGGAUCCAAAAGCCGAAGCUUGAGGUUGGUGUUGUCGACGCGGCGUCUGUGUGGAGUCCAUCUCUGACGACUGAUGUCUUCAAGGAUCAGACAUCAGGUGUGUUUAUCAGAUCAAAACAUGUGUUACAUACUGCCGCCAUCAUCAUCAUCACAGAGCAUUUUUAUAACCACCAAAAACUGUGAUUUAACCCUCUGGAGUCCACGGACGCACCAGCGCGUCCAAACGACCUAUGACCCAUCAUGACCGUUUGCUGUUCUCUGUUCGUGGUCUGUGUUCAUUUUUACUUCUUACGCUGUUCGACUAAAAACACUUUCACAGGAAAGAGCAGGGAGCUCACGUGACCCGGCAGUUGCGCUGCUUCUUCCGGUCUGAGCGCUCGUGUUUCCGGUCCGCCCUCCUGCCGUCUGUGGAGGACAGCGACAGCCGCAGCAGUUUACGGCAGGUCGGGACCGGGCGCGUGCAGCAGGCGCUCCCUCGAGAGCUCGGUGAUCGGAUCAGCUGACGGACCGGAGAGCCGGAGUGAGCCUCGGAUCGGACCGUAAGUGCGCAUGCUCAGGCUGCUGGCUCCUCUGCUGUUUGUCGGCUCGGGGACUGUCACUACAGUCUGGGCCCAUCAGGGGUUGGAGUCCAGUCCUCGAGGGCCUGAAACCUUUACAGGUGUCCCUGCUGCAGCACACCUGAGUAACAUCAGCAGGUCAUUAGCAACACCUGACUGCACGCUCAGCCCCGAACCCUCCUCAAGUGUUAGUGUUUGGGAAAUGCCCCACGUUCACGCGUGACAUGAUGAUCGUCAUGUUACUCAGGUGUGCUGCAGCAGGGACACCUGUAAAGGUUUCCCCGAGGAGUUUGUGACUUAAUUGAUGACACAAUCAGCAGACGAUACAAGUUUCGGGCCAAAUUUCAUUUAGCUAUUAAAACACUUCACGUCUCCUACAGAGCAGCAGGUCUCUGUCUUCACAUCAAUAAAUGUGAGAUCUCAUUGUUCGGUAUCGUUCUCACUAAAGACCAACAAAGACGAGGCUCAUUAAACUUCAGUUUCAGUCGGUGCUCAUUGAGCUCGGUCUCUGAGAGGCUUCAGUACUCAUGCAGCGGGCAUCUCCAGGUGAGCUGUAGAGCUGGGAAUGGAUCCUUGACUCUUCAGCUUUGGAAGAAUCAAACUCAUUUUAUAAAGAAAUCUUCAAUGAUUAACUCUUAUGAGAACGCUGCUCUGACUUCCUUCCUCCUCUCUAAACAACACAUUUAUUAUUACUCAGCUUCCUACAAGCAUGUGUGAUGUCAUUCCUCUUCAUAUCCUGUCUAAAACUGGAGCUUUCAUUUCUUUGUCUGUAAUUCUGAUGUUGUUGAAACUGUGAUGAAGAGGUCAGAGCUCUGUUCCAGGAGGAUCCUGUUCCUAAGCACAUGCAGUCUUCUUCUGGAAUCGCCUCGUCUCUGGUAUUACCUGGAAGAAGGACGUGUCCUUUAAACGUGCCCACAGGUCGUCCUGAUGGAGGCGCUGUCCUGCGGGGAGCAGCAUCUGGGCUCUGAGGAAGAGGAGGCCGCCCCAGCUGUGGGAGUGAGUCUGUGUGACUCCACCCCGUUGGUGUGGAGGAUGCAGGACCUGAGGGCCGUUAGGGCUCGAGGCCUGGUGGGGGUGCUCCUGGGGUCGCUGCCCCGAACGCCCCGACAGAACGGGCGCCUGGGUCGACCGCUGCUGCUGCUGCCGGAGGAGGAGGGGCUGCUGAGGGAGCGCCGCGCUGCUGCAGCCCUACCAGACCGCUGCCAGCAGGAUGGCGGGGGGGCGGAGCUCCGUCAACAGUACGAGGAGGAGGAGCAGAGGAGCUUUGAGGAGCAGAGCGUCCUCGCACUGGAGGACAGGAAGUCGGCGCUGCUCCGAGCUAUGACAGGUGCAGAGUCCGGCGCUGCGAGUGCAGAUGAAGCCCUGCGGUGCCGCCUGCAGGCUCUGGACCAGAACUUCACCUUCCCGCAGUCAGCAAUGGCGGUCCAGCUGAGCACGGCGAGGGCGGGGCUAAGUUACUGUCCUGAAGCCCGAGCCUUCCUGCAGGCCUACGGGCCAACUGGGGCUGAGCCCCGCUGUGACAUCAGGUACCAGGUGUUCAGAGACCUGCGGGGGCGGGGCUUCUACCUAACCUCAGCGGGAAAGUUUGGAGGAGACUUCCUGGUGUAUCCAGGUGACCCUCUGCGGUUCCACGCUCACUUCAUCGCUGUUUGUGUGUCUUUGGAUGAGUCCGUGUGUCUGCUGGACGUCCUCGCCGUGGCUCGUCUGGGAUCCAACGUGAAGAAGACAGUCCUUCUGUGUUCACCGGGGCCGGACGCCAGCGUCUGCUACACGUCGCUUCAGUGGAGUGGGAUAGUUUAAACGCGGGGGACAGGAGAGACGGCGCCCGCCGGCCCAUGUUCAGGCGGGUCCGCGUCCUGCGUCUAAAACCUGUUUCUGUAACUCUGAGGCUGAAGAACAACUGCAGGAGGUCAUGUGACUGACAGGGCGGAGCAGGGCCGCGGCCUCUAAAGGACCAGUAAAGCGUGAUGGGUCUGCUCUUUGUUUCUCCGUGGCGAGCGUCACAAACACAGCUCUCUGCAGCUUUCAGACUCAUCCACACGAUUUCUCUGAUGAAGCCUGUCGUGGAGCCGAGUCCAGCUCUGAUCUCCGAGCCGUUCGACAACUUUGUCUUAAGGCAGCGUGCAGGAGGUGAAAGGACCCCGACAAACCCCGCCCACUUCUUUAUUUCUUUUUAUUAGUGACAGUGCGAGGAAACAAAGGACAGCUCUCCUUUUUUCAAAGAGUGUAUUUUCUCAGUGAGUCAUUGUGUUGAAAUAAAAGUGAUGUGGGUAUUGA